UGGGGGGGGGCGAGUGGGAACCAGGUGAAUGUACGGCUCUCCACGGCCAAGGGGGGGGCGGGCAGCAGGAGGAGGCAAAGGGUGGCGGAGGAGGAGCCCCCCAGCAACGAGCAGCGAGCCACUGACCGCGGCCUUCUGACCAGGACCGGAGCAGGGCCCCAAGCCCCCCAGCCUGGCGGGGGACGCGCCUCUUCUUACACCCUGUGCCUCUGCAGCUCCCGCGAGCGGACCCGACGGCUGAGAGGAGAAGAUGGGGAGCCCUGAGGAUGACCUGAUUGGAAUCCCAUUCCCAGACCACAGCAGCGAGCUCCUGAGCUGCCUGAACGAACAGCGCCAGCUGGGCCACCUGUGCGACCUCACCAUCAGGACGCAGGGGCUCGAGUACCGCACCCACAGGGCUGUGCUGGCCGCCUGUAGCCACUACUUCAAGAAGCUCUUUACGGAGGGGGGAGGGGGGACUGUCAUGGGAACAGGGGGCGGUGGGACAGCUGCUGGGGGAGCAGGGGCCGGUGUGUGUGAGCUGGACUUUGUCGGGCCAGAGGCCCUGGGUGCCCUGCUCGAGUUUGCCUACACAGCCACACUGACCACCAGCAGCGCCAACAUGCCGGCUGUUCUCCAAGCUGCUCGGCUGCUGGAGAUCCCCUGCGUCAUUGCUGCUUGCAUGGAAAUCCUACAAGGGAGUGGGCUAGAAGCCCCCAGCCCAGAUGAGGAUGACUGUGAGCGAGCCCGACAGUACCUGGAGGCUUUCGCCACUGCCACCUCCACAGCCUCGACCUCAGGAAUGCCCAACGGUGAAGACAGCCCUCCGCAGGUGCCCCUCCUGCCACCGCCUCCGCCACCACCUCGACCUGUUGCCCGCCGCAGCCGCAAACCCCGGAAAGCUUUUCUUCAAACCAAAGGGGCCCGAGCAAACCACCUGGUCCCUGAGGCCCCCACAGUACUCACCCAUCCCUUGACCUACGAAGAAGAGGAGAUGGUUGGUAGAGUGGGUAACAGUGGAGGCAGUGGGCUCGGAGAUAGCUAUAGUCCCCCGACAGGUGCUGCCUCACCUGCUGAGGGGCCCCUGAACUAUGAAGUCUUUGAAGGUGAGGAAGAAGAGGAGGAGCUGGUAUAUCCCCCAGCCUAUGGGCUAGCACAGAGUAACGAGCCCUCGCUAUCACCAGAGGAGCUGGGCUCAGAUGAAGAUCCCAUCGAUCCUGACCUGAUGGCUUACCUAAGUUCGCUGCACCAGGACGCCCUGGCACCAGGCCUGGAUGGCCAAGACAAGCUGGUGCGUAAACGCCGUUCACAGAUGCCCCAAGAGUGCCCAGUCUGUCACAAGAUAAUCCAUGGGGCAGGCAAACUGCCCCGACACAUGAGGACCCACACUGGUGAGAAGCCCUUUGCCUGUGAGGUCUGCGGCGUGCGCUUCACCAGGAAUGACAAACUGAAGAUCCACAUGCGGAAGCACACAGGAGAGCGUCCCUACUCGUGCCCACACUGCCCAGCCCGCUUCCUGCAUAGCUACGACCUCAAGAACCACAUGCACCUGCACACUGGGGACCGGCCCUAUGAGUGCCACCUGUGCCACAAGGCUUUCGCCAAGGAGGACCACCUGCAGCGCCAUCUCAAGGGUCAGAACUGCCUGGAGGUACGCACCCGAAGACGCCGCAAGGAUGAUGCCCCACCUCACUACCCGCCACCCUCGACGGCCACCUCAUCCCCUGCUGGCCUUGACCUCUCCAAUGGCCACCUGGACACCUUCCACCUCUCUCUGGCUCGAUUCUGGGAGCAGUCAGCCACCACGGGACCCCCAGUCACUACACAAGGGCCCCCUGAGGAGGAGGAGGAAGAAGGGACACCUACCACACCACAGGCCGAAGGUGCCAUGGAGUCCUCUUAAAAGAGGGGUGGAUGGCCAGGCUGGAACAGCACAAGGCCUGGCACACCAUGCCAAGCAAUGGGGAGCACAUAAAACAAGUGGUAUUGGGGUCGGGGGUGCUGAACCUUGUUGGUAUCAGAAUGAACCCCCCCUUUCCCCCAGAGCCUUCAUUCCAAUUACAAGCUGAGGUUUUGGGGCACAAGCGCUCUAGAUUGGGGUGAUCACCCAAGGAGUUAAACAUGAAAUAUGUAUGUGUGUGUGUGCAUGUAUAUAUGUGUGUGUGUACGUGUUACACACACACUCUGCACAUAUAUAUGUACACACACAGUAAAGGUGGGGUCCCUGUCCCCAGCCACUACUGGGGAAUUGAAGCAAUAAUCUAUCUCUGAUUUGUGGGGUCCCACUUCGGCUAUGCGGGUUUCUAGGAGGCUGGGGACCAAAUCCUUGCCCUACUCCCAUGCCCCCUGGGUUUUGGCUGUGUGAGGGGGUGGACUGCCCCUCCCUUCCGAGACCCCUUCUUCCUGGUUUCUGUUCCUUUUUCCUGGCCAUAAAUUAUGUAAAGGGGGGGGUGGUGAAGAAAGGGUAAGAGGGGGAAACAAGGUGGAGGCUUGAAAGACUGGGGUGGCGGGGGACUGGGCCUGUAAGGACGGAGCCAUCCCAGUCCCCCUCCACCCAGUUCCAACGCUGAGUCAUGGGGUCCUGGAGAAGAGGGCAGGGUGGCCUGAUUGGCUCGCCCGCCCCUGGGGGUAGCUGAAGGGCUCCGCCCAGCUAAGGGAGCUCUCCACCUCUCCCCUCCCGCGUCCCGGGGCAGGGAAUGUCUUGUUCCUGGCGCUCCCUCCCUGAGGCCAGAGGGCAGGGCGGGCCGGGCG